AUGUCUGCAACAGAUAUUCCCGAAAAUGCUCCGGAGCAUUGCCCAGGACCAGCCACUGAACAAGCGGGAACAGCUUCGGCAUGUCAAGGUUGUCCAAACCAAAAUGUAUGUGCCACUGCUCCAAAGGGACCGGAUCCUGCUUUGCCAUUCAUCAAAGAGAGAAUGGAUUCGGUUAAACAUAAAAUCCUUAUAUUAUCAGGUAAAGGAGGAGUAGGUAAAAGUACAUUUACUUCACAACUUGGAUUUGCUCUUGCCAAUGAUGAGAAUAUUCAGGUUGGAAUUAUGGAUGUUGAUGUGUGUGGACCUUCAAUUCCAAAAAUUAUGGGGCUAGAGGGAGAACAAAUUCAUCAAAGUUUAUCAGGAUGGUCAGCAGUUUACGUACAAGAUAAUUUAGGUGUAAUGUCAAUCGGAUUCAUGUUAUCAAAUCCCGAUGACGCAAUUAUUUGGCGUGGUCCGAAGAAAAAUGGAUUGAUUAAACAAUUUUUAAAAGAUGUAGAUUGGGGAGAUUUAGAUUUUAUGUUGGUAGAUACACCACCUGGUACAUCAGAUGAACAUUUAUCAAUUAUACAAUAUCUUAAAGAGAGUGGAAUUGAUGGAGCUGUUAUCAUUACAACACCACAAGAAGUAGCUUUACAGGAUGUUAGAAAAGAAAUUGAUUUUUGUAGAAAAGUAAAAAUUCCUAUUAUUGGAGUUGUUGAAAAUAUGAGCGGGUUUGUUUGUCCUAAAUGCAAGGGGGAAUCAGUGAUAUUCUCUCCAACGACUGGAGGAGCAAAAAAAAUGGCGGAGGACGUAAAAAUCCCCUUUUUGGGAUCCAUUCCUUUGGAUCCUAGAAUAGGCAAAGCUUGUGAUACUGGUGUAUCAUUUUUAGAUGAAUAUUCAGAUUCUCCAGCAUGUAAAGCAUAUCUAGAUAUUAUUACAGGUAGAAAAAGACUUUCAGUUUAA